UGUUUUUCGGUCAUUUUACCAGGUUAUCGGGGAGUAUAUUUUUCGGAACGCGGACGUUUAUUCUUCGAAUCAUAGUGGUGAUCCACGUUGGAAGAAGAAAAUCUACGAUACACUAAUCAGUAUUUCUUAAGUUUGAAAGAUCGAAAGAAUACGUUUAAGAUAAUGGCUGACUAUAUAAUUAAUGACACGAUACCGGCAGACGUACCGUUGCCGGAAGAUGGACUUUCGCUGGCACAACUGUUUGCCAACGGCGAUGGACUUACAUAUAAUGAUUUCAUCAUUUUGCCAGGAUAUAUUGAUUUUACCGCAGAUGAGGUAGAUUUAUUAUCACCGCUUACUAAGAAGAUUGUAUUGAAAGCUCCGUUGGUUUCCUCCCCAAUGGAUACUGUUACGGAAUCGGAUAUGGCAAUUGCCAUGGCUCUGUGUGGUGGAAUCGGUAUAAUACAUCAUAAUUGCACGCCUGAAUAUCAAGCCAACGAAGUCCAUAAGGUAAAAAAGUAUAAACACGGUUUCAUUAGAGAUCCAGUUGUACUUUCACCUCAGCAUACUGUUAAUGAUGUAUUAAAUGUAAAAAGUGAACAUGGGUUUUCUGGUAUUCCUAUCACUGAUAAUGGAAAAGUAGGUGGUAAACUUCUAGGCAUUGUUACUUCCAGAGAUAUUGAUUUCCUUGAAGAUUCGCUUAAUCAAAGAUAUACAAAAUUGGAAUCAAUAAUGACAAAAUUAGAUAAUCUGAUCACUGCACAAGCUGGUGUAACAUUGCCAGAAGCUAAUGUUAUUCUUGAGAAAUCAAAGAAAGGAAAACUUCCUAUAGUAAAUGAAAAAGGAGAACUUGUUUCAUUAAUGGCAAGAACUGAUUUAAAGAAAAAUCGCAGCUACCCAAGUGCUAGUAAAGAUGCAAAUAAGCAAUUAUUAGUAGGUGCUGCAAUUGGAACACGUAGUUCUGAUAAACAAAGAUUACAGCUUUUAACAGCUUCCGGUGUAGAUGUAGUUGUAUUAGACUCAUCUCAAGGAAAUUCAAUAUACCAAAUUGAAAUGAUAAAAUACAUUAAAUCGGAAUAUCCGGACUUGCAAGUUAUUGCAGGCAAUGUAGUAACUACUUUACAAGCUAAAAAUUUGAUAGAAGCAGGAGCUGAUGCAUUACGCGUGGGUAUGGGAUCUGGAUCUAUUUGUAUUACUCAAGAAGUAAUGGCAGUAGGUAGACCGCAAGCUACCGCUGUCUAUAAAGUAGCAGAGUAUGCAAGGAGAUUUGGAAUACCCGUUAUAGCAGAUGGUGGUGUACAAUCUGUUGGCCACAUUAUCAAAGGUCUUAGUUUAGGUGCAUCGAGCGUUAUGAUGGGAUCAUUAUUAGCUGGAACUACAGAAGCACCCGGUGAAUAUUUCUUCAGUGAUGGAGUUCGUUUAAAGAAAUACAGAGGGAUGGGUUCUUUAGAAGCCAUGAAUAGGGCUGAUGCAAAGGGUUCUGCUAUGGAUAGAUAUUUUCACAAUGAAAUGGACAAAUUAAAAGUAGCUCAAGGUGUAAGUGGUUCAAUAGUGGACAAGGGAUCAGUUUUCAAAUUUGUUCCUUAUCUAUUAUGUGGUAUAAAACACGGAUGUCAAGACAUUGGUGCAAAAUCAAUGUCUACUUUAAGAUCCAUGACGUAUAGUGGUGAAUUAAAAUUUGAGAGAAGAACGUCUUCUGCUCAGCAAGAGGGAAAUGUCCAUAGUCUGUUUUCCUAUGAAAAACGUCUAUUUUGAACAUGUAAUUCGUAAGAGAUAUGUAUACAACAAAAGUACCUGCAUUUAACUGCAUAUGACUACUAUGGGUAUUGAAAAUGCUGUUAUAUAUUAAUAUAUUAGGUCGUAAUAUAAAUAAGUUCGCUUAUAUUCACUUAGCGUUUAUACUUAUUUAUCUUACGACCUAAUAGUUAUGGAUUUAUUCAUGCGUUUUACUAUAUUUUAUUAUUCAUAAAAAUACAAUUUUAUUAACGAUGAAUGAAGCAUAGCAAUAAGUUUGUGUUAAUAUUAUUAAUUAGAUAUAUUAUGUUGUAUUGUGACAAGGAAAAAUCUGAAAGAAUAUCUCUUCAUCUGAAAGCUUAAACCUUUCUAAGUUUUAAGAUGUUAAUAUGAACUCUGUUCUAUCGUUUUUUUUUUCUUUUUUUUUUUCUUUUUUUUUUUUUCUUUUUUUUUUCUUUUUUUUUUUUUUUCUUUUUUUUUUUCAAUAGUAAUCUUGUUGGCAAUCUUUGUAUAUUUGAGUAAGUACAUUUAAGUACUGAUAGAAUGUACGAAGAAAUUCUAAAAAGUUGAAAAUAGAUUAUUGUUGAUUAUUUUAUUGGUUGACUAUUGUAAAUUGCUGAUAUGUAUUUAUUGGUAUUGAUAAAACAUUGUAAUUAAGUAACACGUUUAUAUUAUAUUGUUUUUAUAAAUAAUUUUUCAUAAAGCAGACCAGUUACAUGUACUUUGUACAUUCAUUAUUAAGAAAAAUCUCUCAAAUUAAGUACGUUGAUAUUUUUUUU